AUGUACGUCCAGACUGUUUUGGACGACAAAAAGUUUCGUGAGAUGUGGAAUAACUUGCGGGAACUCUGUGGCUCACGUAUCAGUUCUUUUCCCAACGUUGAGGUACUUAACCGUCAAUUGGCUUCUGUACCUGCAUCUAGCUCCCUCCCACCUCCUUUUCUUGCCCAUGAUGCAAUUAACCCUGUUUCUCCGGACGAGGUCCUCCAAGUUUUGAGAAGAAUCAAGGCCAAUAAAGCUCAUGGUCCCGAUGAAUUAGCACCUCAUUUGUUGAAAGCCUGUGCCGACCAGCUUGCGACACCCAUUGCUGAAUUGUUCACUACUUGGUGUCAUCUGGAACGAUCCUCGAUUGUUGAUCAGCCCGGAUCAGACCGAUCCCAAAGAAAGGAUCGUCAUCGUACCUAUCCUAUUGCCUACACAUCUGCGUUGCUGAAGGAUUUUGAAAAUGUUUUGCCGCACCGCAUGAUACCCCAGUGUAACUCCCAUGAUCCUUUACAAUUUGCUUAUCAAUCCCAUUUAUCCACACUUGACGCCGUUGCUCAUAUUGUUCAUUUUGUUGCUUCCGUCUUAGACAAUGGCGCUGGUAGCACUUGUUUAACUUUUCUUGACCAUACAAACGCUUUUGGUUCUCUCGACCAAAGUGUGCUUAUUGAUCGUCUUUUUGAGUGUGGUAUAACUCAUGAAGUUUUAAAUGUACUUAUCAACUACCCCUUCCUCAGUACUCAGUUUAAUUCACUCAAUAGUGUGCAAUCCUCUACCAUUAACCUUGAAGCCGGUGUUUUUCAGGGUGCCAUUUUGUUCCCUUUCUUGGUUUUUACGUAUAUAAAAAAUCUCCCCAUUCCCACCAAUUUUAUUGCAUGUAAAUAUGCUGAUGAUAUUGUGAUUGGUUGCCCAGCCCCUAUUCCAGACAGUUUUCGACCUCUGCAGGACAGUCUUAAUGAACUUCACGAUUGGUCUGUGACCCGAUCCCUUGUACCAGUGUCUGCAUUGAAGUUUCAUUUAGUCUCAAAACCGGUCCCCAUUAGUUAA